CCAGGUGAACGGCAUGGACAUCAAAAACGUGCCUCACCACUACGCCCUGUCCAUCCUGAAGCAGCCCUGCCACGUGCUGCGGCUCACGGUGCUGAGGGAGCAGCGGUACCGGUGCCGAAGCAGCGGGCUCAGCCUCGACGCUCACUGCAGCAGGGAUGACAGCUUCCAUGUCAUUUUGAACAAAAGCAGCCCUGACGAGCAGCUAGGGAUAAAGCUGGUCCGCAGGGCCGACGAACCCGGCGUGUUCAUCUUCAACCUGCUGGAUGGAGGAGUGGCUGCCCGUGAUGGCCAGCUGCAGGAGAACGACCGGGUCUUGGCUAUCAACGGGCAUGACCAUCGGUACGGCAGCCCGGAGAGUGCAGCCCAGCUGAUCCAGGCCAGUGAGCGACACGUCCACUUUGUGGUAUCACGACAGACCAGACAGCAGCCCCCUGACAUCUUGCAGGAGACAGGAUGGAGUUACAGCAGCAGCCCCCAGCCCUGUCCUGCUGAGAGGAUCAGUGCCAGUAAGAGCACUCUUCACACUGUCACCUGUCAUGAGAAGGUGGUGGCUGUCCGGAAAGAUCACACGGAAUCACUGGGAAUGACUGUGGCAGGCGGAGCAACGAACCGAGAAUGGGAUUUGCCUAUCUAUGUGAUAAGCGUUGAACCAGGAGGAGUUAUCAGCAGAGACAGCAGGAUAAAAACAGGUGAUAUCCUCUUGAAUGUGAACGGGAUCGACCUGACAGGGGUCAGCCGGAACGAGGCUGUGGCCCUUCUGAAAAACACCAGCUCUUCCGUGGUGCUCAAGGCCCUGGAGAUGAGGACAUGUGACGGCCAGGAGCGCAGCGAGGCCGCCGAGCACAGCGAGUGGACACCAUCCUGGGUGACGUGGCUGGGGCUGCCCCGGUGAGUUUGGCAAUGGCCGCCUCCUGCUGAAGGGGGAGUGGGAGGAAAGAUUUGUGUUCUCUGGCAGUUCUCUCUUUUGGCUUGAUUCAUUGCCCUGACAUGUUAAUUAAAUCCAGGCUCCGUCACAGACUUUCCUCUAAAUACCUCCCUUUUGUAAGCGGGUAUGUGUACAUGGAAAAAUAGACACGCAGAUCCCCUCGCAAGGGAGGGAAGUAUCCUGAGUUGUUCCAGUCCUGAAAACGUAUCUGGCACUUAGGGAGAGAGAGGAAGAACUUGUAUGGAGGCCUUGGCUCGACCACCCUGCAGAAGGCAGAGCUGCCCCUCCUGCUGCUCCCAAGCUGCACAGCCUUCAUUCUCCCUUGCCAAAGGCAGCUGGAUUGUUUGGCUUUGCCCAGAUGUUGCACAGUGCAUACAGUUGGCCAGCAUCUCCAGAUCACCUCUCUUCACCCCACCCCCGACUGGAAGAAGCACAUUUGUCACACGCAGGAAGCAGCUGUGUUGUCCUUUCAGAAAGGAUAAUGAAAGCCACGUCGCAUGCCGUGAAGUUCUCUCCCAGUUGGUGCACACAGCGUAUACCUGCAGCUUCAGAGACAUUUUGUGGAGUACAAACUGAGGACGUGCUGUGAGUCUAUGGAGGCACAAAGCCAGCAUCACUGGCGGCAACCCUCCUUCCCCUGCCUCAAAGAAUGAAGAGUUCAGCCGACUAGCUACUUCCACCUGUAUUCCUGAAGCCAGUGGAGGUUCAGAAAGUCUCUUUCUCUUGUGAGAAGAGACAGUCUGCAGCACAGGCGGCCUUGCUCAAAUUCAGGACAUGACCUCACCUUCCCACCUGCACAGAGAUUUGAUGCUCUUCCUCCUCGUGCCUUGAGCCAUGUUGAGCUCCUUCACCUUGCAGCAAGCUCUGCUUUGAUGGCCAAGUGGUGCCUUGCGUGGGUGUGCUCUGUGAGCCCAUCUGAAGCUAAUAUUUUUGAAUAGAGCAGGCUGGUUGUGUGUCUGCCACCAAUGGAUGGGAGGUUCCUCCUGCAGUGGAGUGGACUGAGCUCUUACUACUGUGAAGGAAAAGCAGUAACAAGAAAAAGCAGAAAACCAAUAGCCUAUCACUUGCUCCCCCAGGAAUGGUGAACUCCUCUCUCCCAGUCGUACUGCAGGCAGGUAGAAAUAGUGAGGUUAUCACUCCUGAUCGCUUCCUCUGUGUUCCUGAGUGUGACCACUGCAUUUUACAGGUGAUAACGUGCAGCACCGGAGCAUGAGUAAUGCUCCCUGUAGAGAAGGAGGCAAGCAGAGCAGGCCUUAUGAUGCUGAGUCCUGCGUUCAAGUCCAUAGCUAAAUGGGCACAAGCAGUGCACCCUGUUUGCACCCUGCUUGCUCCUGGUGUCAGUGCACCUUUGCUCUGUUGCAUAGACAGCCUGAACUGCCUGCUUUUCAUCUCCUACCCACAGCUGCCCAAAGUUCCCACGUCCUCAUUGAGGUGACUGAGGUGAAGGACAGAGCUCCACAGUGCUGCAGACUCGCACCUGGUAUUCCCAUCCAUCAGUACUGCUUUGAAGUGUGUGAGGAAAAGGGAGGUAUUUUUUUCUUCAUUUAAAAGCAGUAUUUAAGCUCCCUCUAUCCCCCCUUCCAAAGGCUGCAUGUGUUAAGCCAUUACCAGCCGUUUAGUCUGAAGGAAAAUUAGCCCCAAUGUCAGCAAGCUUGCAAACAGGAAGCUCAUUGUGCUCUCAUCCCAGCUGCAAUGGCAAGCACAGUGUGGCCUUUCUCUGCCAACCCGGGGCAGAGCAUUAGUAUGCUGGUCCAGCACGCCAGUCCCACCACCAGGCUGAGAUAGGGGCCAGGGUUGGGCAGGAGUGAUGGUAACAAAGGUGUACUUCAUCCUCAGAAGGAGUUAGUUGGUGCAUGUAGGGCAUGAGGAUCAGAUCUGAAUUUGCUCAUUAGGUACAGUUGGAGUCUUCACUUUCCCCCACAGUGCGUGCUCAUAUGAAAGUAUCAUAUGAGCUCAUUUCCCUCCAAUCUGAGCAUUCAGCUUUUCCCUACCUGCCCUUCAGUAUGCUUUUGGCAGGGAUUACAGUCCAAUAGAUCUUGAGGUAUUUCCAGAAAUCCCAUGGAUUUCCAAGCUGGUACAGAAAAUGAUUCUCCAUCCACACACACUUCAGACAGGCCCGUCUGGGUAAAGGUACCUGGUGUGCAACCAACGAGCAAGGAGCAUGAAGUAAAACCAUACCAUUUACCAGAGGGACUGCUCCAAGGUGCCUGCAUCUAAGAACAACUGAAACAGCUGGUGGUAAGGUAGCAAUGUCAAAAUCAUCACUGUAUGAGAUCACAUGAGGUAUUCGGGAAGAUGGACAGUGCAUACCUAUGUGAGAAAAACUUCUGGAUCCAGUCAGUAGCAGCAGAAUGAGGCAGACACGUUAUCUCACUGAAGCUCACAGCCUUAGAAAAGCUGUCCUGCACAAUUCAACGUUUGGGGAACUCACUUGAAUUUUGGCAAUCUUAAUAUUGGCCUCAAUAGCUUUUCUGUGAUUUGCUAGUACGUAAACAACUUCUCUGUUCUUUCUGUAGCAUGGUCCAGUACGGGGUGGUUAUAAAAUAGACACACAUGUGAAUCUGACAUCUGUCAAAACUUGGACUGCAUGGGCGCAGGGGCUGCGGGCUGUAGGAAACAUUGAUGCAGAAACGUAAGCACUCCAGCCUGGAGACUUAUUUCAGGGUAGCUAAUUUAAUUUUUUGUUGUUGAGGAAGACAGGUCACGUUUAUUGUUGGAGGGAAAUGUUGUUAAGAAUGCACAGAGCAAAUAAUGUGCAGCAGCUGGUGAAAAGCAUUUCCCUAGUCCUGUGACAUUUCUCUCACUCCAGCUUGUGCUCCCGCUCUCCUUUCUUUUCUCUCCUUACGUUUCCUUCCCCCAGCUAGCACUUAAAAAUACUUUAUAGAUCAUCCUGUCAUAACAUUUACAAGCAUUAGUACUUCACACGAGUGCUUUUGCUCAUCUGCAA